AGCACAAAAACUAUUCAAAAGAAACAAACAUAUUACUCCAUCCGUCUCUAAAUAAAGUUCUUCUUUCGUUUUUUCUUUGUCCCUAAAUAAACUUCUCUUUUCCCUUAAAAAAUCCCUUUUACCCCUUACUUUUUCAUACCCUACCUAUCACAUCAUACCUUUUUACUAAUAAUCUACCUAUCACAUCUUACUUUAACACAUCACAUCAAGGGUAUAUUUGGAAAAUCAACACCAAAAUAACCCUUCCUUAAAUCCUCAAAAAGUCAAAAAUGGAACUUUAUUUAUGGACGGAGGCCACCAACGACGGCAAAAACACCCUUCACGGCGGCCCUAAGGGAUACAGCCAUGUUGUUUGGAAGGUCACCAAGUACGAGAACAGCGGAAAUGCUCCCUUCAUUGUCUUCACCCACCGCAGCAACGAUGGCGAAGAAGGAUUCCCUGGUGCACUUAAGGUGGUAGUGACCUACACGCUUGUCGCCGAGGGGCAACUAACCGUGUUCAUGAAAGCAAAGAGCUUGGACGACAAGGUAUCUCCGGUGAGUUUGGGGCAACACACAUACUGGAACCUGGGUGGCCACAACAGCAGCGACAUUCUGGAAGAGAAGCUCAGAAUCAUGGGGCAAUUCAUCACCCCGGUGGACGAGAACUCCAUCCCCACGGGGCAACUUAUGUACGCGAGGGGAACCGCGUACGACUUCACUGAGCCACAGCUCAACGGUAUAGGGAAAAGGAUCCACCUCCUCCCUACACCGGCUGGGUAUGACAUUAACUACCAGCUCGAUGAUUUUGACCCCGCGGGGAAGGUGAGGCCCGCGGCUAUUGUAGAGAACGAGAAGUCGGGGUUGAGGCUUGAGCUUUCCACGGAUGCUCCGGGCUUGCAAUUCUACACCGGGAAUUUGAUCAAAGAUGUUAAGGGGAAGGGAGGAUUUACGUACAAAACUCAUGCUGGUUUUUGCUUGAUGACUCAGUGGUUCCCUAACUUUGUUAACAAUCCAACAUUCCCUCAGGCCCUUGUGGAGAAGGGCAAGGUUUACAAGCACCACAUGGCGUUUAAUUUUUCCCGCAUUUGAUCAAGAUUAUUAUUAUAUAUUUAUAUUUAACAUUUAUAUAUAAUUUUCGUAAUAUUUAUUUUGAUUUACUGUAUUUGUAUUUAUUUAUGGAACAAACUAGACAAUCCAAAUGUAAUAAGGCUAGGAGGGACAAUUAAAUUAAGCUCCGGCUGUUUGGAAGAGGUUUGAUUAUCAAGUACCAAUAAUGAGCUAAACAUUUA